GCUUCAAGGCGCUCCAAACGCUAAACGCAAACGGGAAGUUGUCUGCUUUGGAGGCGUAUCCGAAGAAGUCACGUUGCAGCUGCGCUUUCGGCAAAUCUUUGUUUCUCGUUUUUCUUUCCUCGUUGGUCGCACAUUUCGACCAAGGCACGAACACGAUGCUUCGCCAGCGUGGCACUGCCACGGACUCUACCGUCCAUGAGAAGAAGGGCGACGGCUCUUCUUCGUCAGCAAGCUCCGCCAAGAACUCUCUGAAACCGGCCCGCAACCAAGCCAAGACCAGCCGGCUCUUUUCCCGGCUACUCAGCUUACUCGUCUUGGCUAUCCUUGUCAUCUAUGUCAUCAUCCCGGGCCUCUUCUAUGCGUCCCCAUGGAUUCGACGGCAGACAGUGUUUCUCACCUUCGUCAACAUUCCUCCUUUCCCGAACCUGACCAGCCCCGAGUAUUAUGGACUGCGGUGCGGGCAGAACCUGUACGUCCAAUCGGAGCCCUCCGUCCGUCUGGGGGUGUGGUACCUGCCGCCCGAUUCGCUCGUGCGCGCGUCGCCCGAGGGAUGCGGCGGGGCAACGGAGGUGCGUGAUUGGCUGGCGCGGGACGACCGGCCUGUUGUGCUGUACCUCCAUGGCAACGGGGGUUCGAGGGCCGGCGCACAUCGCGUCAGUCUUUACAAAGUGCUCUCCAAGCAGCUGCACGCGCACGUGAUUGCCGUGGACUACCGCGGCUACGGCGACUCCUCCGCCGUCGCGCCCACCGCUGCGUCCAUAGUCACCGACGCCGAGGCCGUCUACCGCUGGGUGCGCGAGAUAGCCCCGCCGGAGAAGAAGGUCCUCGUCUGGGGACACUCCUUGGGCACCGGUGUGUCCGUCUACCUCCUAUCCCGCCUCUCUAAGCCGUCUGCCACCCCCAAAGUCCGUCUCCCGGACGGUGUCCUUUUAGAGGCACCCUUUGACGCACUGCACAAGGUUGCCCAGUUCCACCCUCUGUCUAUUUUCCAUCGGUACCUUCCAUACUUUGAGCCGGUGUUCGUGGAGAGCAUCCGCGACGACGCCGCUGCCAACUUCGACAGCGUGUCGCAGGUGGCGUCGGUGGCGCCGCAGACACCGGUCAUGGUGCUGCACGCCAGGGACGACGGCAUGGUGCCGUUUGCGCUCGGGCGCAACCUGUUCGACGUGUUUGAGGCGUCGCGGAAGGGCGUGAAGGACGCCGCGCCGGUGCGGUUUGCGGAGUUUGAGGCAUCUGGCGGCUACGGGCACAAGCACAUUCAUCGGAACCAGGAUCUGCCACGGAUCGUGAGCGGGUUCUUCACGGGCAUCUUUGUCAAGAAGGUCAAGUGAACAGGCUUGAAGUAGGUGUUUUGAGGGCCGUCCAUGCGGGCGUACGAAGUGGGCCGGCUAGAUCUUGCCCACUUCAUACGAAUCUCAAAAAUCGGUUUCGCGUGGUUCAAUGCCAUAAUUUGCCACAAAAGUGUGGCUAAGUGGUGCAUUUUGUUACAUAAAUAUAGCAAAGUAGAAGCUUAACUGAGUCCAAAGAUACGAAUAAAGUAAAAGAUACGAAAGUAAAAGAAAAAAAGAAUGUUUUUUGUAGCUUAUUGGAGCAUUUUAUUGGACAAGACAGCCAAUGAUGGCAAAACCGUUCAGGUUUUCCUCACUCUUUUUUGUUGUCGUUAUAUAAAUGUUUUGAGUAACCCACAAAAAUAUUUUCCUUUUUUUUUUUCACAUUAUAUGAAAAAGUAAUUUCAUAAUGAUCUGUAGAGAAAUUGGGAUUUUUCUUUCUCACUUGAUCGAAGAAGUUUUCUUGAAUGUUUCCCAGUAACAGAUCCACCACCUAUCCACACCUAUCCACGGCAAAUUACACUGCAGGUGCUUGAGAAACAGAUUUUCGAGAUUUAUUUCGAGUGGAUGAGAUUUGUUUGGCUUCCUCUGUAAUCGAUGCAACACGUUAAAGCAUUCAAAGCAAAUUUGCUGGCUGGGCACGACGCCUUGAGCCCAAGAGAGUGACUGCGGGCUAUAAAUAUAUUGGAUGCAGCGUUAGCAAGUGACGCUGCCGGAGGCGUGGUACUUUGUCCAUGAAAUUUGCCACAAACACUUGGCGCAUCCAUGCAUGUAAACGGUUUUUUAGCGGGUUGUACAUAUGACCGCAAGUUUUGACCACUAGAGAGCUUGCUCUACCGUGUCCUCGCAUUAUAGGCGACUCCAAACCGCCGACCCCAUCGGUUCCACUACCCAAAAAAAUUGGGCAGAGGCAUUUUUAUAUAUUUUUUUAUUUUAACUAACAGUUCUGGCGAAUAUUUUUGAUCGGGAUAGACUAAAGCAAUUGCGUUACAUAAGCUGUCCAAGUCGCUAACUAUGACCUUGUCUGAAGGAAAGUUUGACCUGCUUUGUCUUCCAACUGCAAGUUUAGCUAGAGUCGGGGGCAGUGUGCGACAACACUAUCAACCGUCCUGCCGACGUUGGGUGAUGUCAUUGGCCAAGUCUUCGGAAGAAGUUCUUCGACCGUCGCUGUUUGCUGGAACAUUAGGUUGUGCUGUCUGAUGGGAGCGUUUACGGGAAAGAAGUGGCGUUGUCUCUUUUUAGGGAAUUGGGGGGCCUGGGUAACUCGGUAACAGUGUAAGCAAAUACAGCGCACGCUGGGGCUGGGGCAACCAGCUUUGAGCUUGACGCCACAAGCAGGCCGGCUUGCCCCAUACGCCGUCGUCUGUUUCGGAUGCAAAAGGUUGCUCGGGAGUAUGGAGUCGGCAUAGGUGAGGCUGACACGCCAAGCGAAGAAUAGUGAGAUUUUGAAACUCCGCGAGCGUCGUUGAGGUCGAAGAAUCGCCUCGGCAUCUGCAGAUCUGUCAAAACAUGUUCGAUGGAAAUGUUUGAUCCGAUGUGAGAUGACUUGUAGUGCCUUCUCUGUUGACCCCUAACGUUGUCCUUUGUUCGUGACAUGAUCAGAUCGAGAAUUCCAAAUUUUUAUCUGUUGUCCGACAAUUAAGGAUUUAGGUUGCAAAGAGUCUCGAGGAUUGUGUCCGAUUGCUGACUGUAUUCACUCACAUCACGCAAAGAACUCCCUUUGUUUCCUUAAUUCAGUGUCUUUUUGUUCUGUAAUCAGCACAGGCCUUCACACAUUGGCACUUCCUUUGUUAAAAUUAUAAAAAAAACUACAUACCGAAAUGUAUGUUUGGGAUGGAAGGGGGGGUCAGGUCAGGUUAGGUUAUUUCAGCUGACACCGGUCAUAACUACUGUCACGAAGUGAGAUUAGUAUCAGUGUGCAACUAAAACCCCUGUGGCAGGUUUUUAGGCUCACAGGAACCUGCGGGGCACUCUUGCAAGGUAAACAUGGGAGUCUUGUUUAUUCAUGAGGAAGUAACCGCUUGGCCGUGGUCAUUUGUCAGCUUUUUUUGGGGCUGGCCUCGGAUUCUUGUUACCUUUUGUAGCAGGCCAAUAGCGUUAUCUUGCGGUUGUCGGAUUGACAGACGUGACUCCAGUGUUUCUUUUACAGUAGUAGAGUGUGGUGCUGGUUAAAGGAAAGAAAAAAAAAAAAAAAAAAGCCGUAAUCGUGAAUUUAAUUUUUUUUCGAGAGUUUAGUAUAUUAGCAAAUAUAAGCUUCAUAUCAGUGCAAUCUCGUGCCUUUUAGGUGUCCUGGAUGUUUGUAACUUGUGCCAUUUGCGCUGUUGCUGACGGUUCAACUCUCGGAUAGCCAAAACUGGCAUUUUGUUGUGGCAGUGACUCGGCGCAUGUAGACCUCGUUGCUCUUUGGAAGGUUUGAGUAUUUUACCGCUUGCCAUUGGCCAAACGUUAAUGUGCCAUCCAUGCACAUUAACGUUUGGGUCAGUUUGUAGACUAUAAUAAGGCAAAUGGUGUCAAAGAUGCGGACAAGACGAGAACUCGAGCAAACCACAGUGCUGUGGAUUGAUCCUCUCAUCUUUUCUCGCGUUUUUUGCAUUGUAUUUUACUGAAUUCCAAGGAUGAACUUCUGGCGAGCUUUUGAUACUGGUGUUUGACUUGAUUAUCGUCAGCACGUGGGGAGUCUAGGACCAGAGAGUGCCUUAGGGACGAGUAUAUGUUUAUAAUUUAUAGGAUGUUCCGCAAAUGCAGCUUUACCCUGUGGCCGGCAUUCCGAUAUUUGUGGGUGCUGCUUUGGUUGUUUAUUUUUGCACAUUUAGAAGAAUGCCUAAGAUCAUUAUGUAUGUGUUAGUACUUUUCUUGACAGCCGGUUAUAAUUUAUACGUGAUCGCAGAGCGCAUAUUUUUGUACUGCUGCAUUAUAUAGUGAAUAAAAGUUACUAUACUCUGUA